CAACUCUUCUCCUCUUCUUCCUCCUCUUGUCCAACCUCCGCAGCCAAACCCGGCAAGAGAGUCCGGGCUCACAAACCGUGUAAGAAGCUGGUGUUUUACUUCCACGACAUUAUUUACAACGGAAAGAAUGCCAAGAAUGCAACAUCAGCCAUUGUUGGAGCACCAGCUUGGGGAAACAGAACCAUAUUGGCAGGAAAAAGCUAUUUCGGGAACAUGGUUGUGCUUGAUGAUCCCAUUACCUUAGACAAUAAUCUACACUCAACCCCAGUUGGUUGCGCACAAGGCUUCUACUUGUACGACAAGAAAGAUAUAUUCACUGCUUGGCUUGGCUUCUCCUUUGUGUUUAACUCAUCCAAACACAAGGGAAGCAUCAACUUUGCUGGUGCUGAUCCACUGAUGAACAAAACCAGGGAUAUUUCAGUGAUUGGCAGUACCGGCAACUUCUUCAUGGCUCGAGGGAUAGCCACUUUGAUGACUGAUGCAUUCAAGGGGGAAGUGUACUUCCGGCUUCGCGCUGAGAUAAAUCUGUACGAGUGUUGGUAACCAAUUUGUUUAUGGCUCUUGUUUUGGAGUUUUUAGUUUACUUUGCUAACGAACGUGUGUUGAAUUUGAGUUUCUGAGGUUUGAGAAUUCAGAUUUUGAGUUGU